AUGCCAUCGGAACCGGAAAAGAUUUUCAACCCCCAUGCGGAUGUCGCCAGCAAGGCGUACAUCAACAGCAUGCAGCAGUACAGGGAGUUCUACCAGCAGUCGUUGGAAAAUCCGGCCCAGUUUUGGGCGAACGUCGCCAAGCAGUUCCACUGGGAAACGCCGUACGAUCCGAAGAAUUUCUUCUCCUACAACUUUGACAUCUCCAAGGGGCCCAUCUUCGUCAAGUGGAUGGAAGGUGCCUCAACGAACAUUUGCUACAAUUUGCUGGAUAGGAAUGUAAAGAACGGGCUCGGUGAUACGGUUGCAUACUACUGGGAAGGAAAUCAUCCGGAUGACUACAGUCGGCUAACGUACAGGAAGCUGCUGGAGGAGGUGUGCCGAUUCGCGAACGUGCUCAAGAGCCAUGGCGUACAGAAGGGUGACCGGGUAUCGAUCUACAUGCCCAUGACCAUGGAGCUCCCGGUUGCAAUGCUGGCGUGUGCGAGAAUCGGUGCCGUUCACUCGAUUGUGUUUGCCGGGUUCUCGUCUGAUUCGCUGGCAGAGCGUAUGCACGAUUGUCAGGCAAAGAUAUUGAUCACCGCCGACGGUGCCUGGCGUGGUGAGAAAAUCCUUCACCUGAAGGAUAUCUGUGAUACUGCGAUGGACAAGGCGGAAGAGCUCGGCCAUCACGUGCAGACCUGUAUCGUCGUGUCGCACAUUAACCGUGUUACGCCGGGCAAGGAGGAUUGGGAUGGUUCCUUUGAUACUCCUUGGAGAGAUGGACGUGACUUUUGGUGGCAUCAGGAGAUGGAAGAUGCCGAACCGGCCUGCUAUCCCGAAUGGAUGUCGGCGGAAGAUCCUCUGUUUAUGCUGUACACUAGCGGUUCCACUGGCAAACCAAAGGGUGUACUGCAUACUACGGCCGGUUAUCUGCUCUACGCUGCGACAACGUUCAAAAUCGUGUUCGACUACAAACCGCUGGAUAUUUACUGGUGCACGGCUGACAUUGGCUGGAUCACUGGACAUACGUACGUUUUGUACGGCCCGUUGGCAAACGGUGCCACGUCGGUCAUGUUCGAAGGUACACCCUUCUUCCCGGACACUGACCGGUACUGGGAAAUCAUCGACAAGUAUAAGGUGACCCAGUUCUACACCGCACCGACCGCCAUUCGUUCGCUGAUGAAGUUCGGUGACGAGCCGGUAUUGAAACAUGAUCUUUCCACUUUGAGAGUACUUGGAAGUGUCGGCGAACCAAUCAAUCCGGAAGCGUGGCUUUGGUACUAUCGCGUGAUCGGCAAGGAGCGUUGCUCGAUCGUGGAUACCUUCUGGCAGACGGAAACCGGUGGACAUGUCAUCACACCGCUGCCGGGUGCCACUCCGAUGAAGCCCGGUUCUGCCUCGUUCCCGUUCUUUGGUGUAAAACCAACGUUGCUGGACGAAAGUGGUACGGAAAUUAAGGGUGAAGGUGAGGGUUACCUAGUGUUCUCGCAACCAUGGCCAGGCAUGAUGCGCACCCUGUUCAACAACCAUCCACGUUACGAAUCGACUUACUUUUCCAAAUUUAAUGGAUACUACUGCACAGGAGAUGGUGCCCGGCGUGACGCAGAUGGCUAUUACUGGGUAACCGGUCGCGUAGAUGACAUGCUGAAUGUGUCGGGCCAUCUAAUGUCCACCUCGGAAGUAGAAUCCGUACUAACCGAGCAUCCGCGCGUAUCGGAAGCAGCCGUCGUAUCGCGCCCUCACCCGGUCAAGGGUGAAUGUUUGUACUGCUUCAUCACACCGAACCAGAACGAAUCGUUCGACAAAACGCUCAUCAGCGAGCUGAAGGUGCUGGUACGGGAACGUAUCGGCCCGUUCGCCCAGCCGGAUGUGAUUCAACAUGCGCCCGGUUUGCCGAAAACACGCUCGGGCAAGAUUAUGCGACGAGUACUGCGUAAGGUGGCAAUCAACGAUCGGGAUGUAGGCGAUACGUCCACCCUAGCGGACGAGGCAAUCAUUGAACAGUUGUUUGCAAAUCGGCCAACCAACUAA